AUGGCUCCAAACCAGACCGAUGAUGCAGGCGCUGCUUUGACAGCUGACACCGAGCAACAAAGCGGCGUUGUGGUGACCGAUUCAGGUGACAGUGAAGAGGGCAGAGAUGUAUACCGACCGGGUGGAUUCCAUCCAGUCUACAUCGGUGAUGUGUAUGCAAACAAGUAUGAAGUGAUGAGCAAGAUUGGUUACGGACGCUAUUCGACAGUGUGGCUGGUUAAAGACCUCUCGAAGCCCCAGGAUAAUCCCAUCUUCGAGAGGGAGAUUCUCACUCACCUUCGCGCCGGAAACCGUAAACUGCUGGGCUACAAAUACAUUUGCCACCUCGUUGACGAUUUCGAGCUCAAGGGCCCCAAUGGUAACCACGUCUGCCUCGUUUUGGAGCUUAUGGGAGAAAGCUUGCGGACCUUCGGCGUCUGGUUCCAAGAGCACAUGGUGCCUACCCCGAUCAUGCGCAAGUUCACCUUCCAACUGGUGGCUGCCCUCGACUUCGCUCACGAGAGUAACGUGAUUCAUACCGAGUACCUUGUUAAGGAGCCCAUCCCGAAGCAGAAUAAGGCCGAAGAAUGGUACACUCCGAUCCAAGCUCGGCCGUUACGGGCAUACUAUUUCGGGUCCGAUCUCACACGGUUUAACGAGCUCGACAUCGCCUUGGGCGAUUGGGGGGUGUCGAGCUGGGCCACCAAACAUCUAACUGAAAACAUCCAGCCCGUCGCUCUUCGGGCUCCCGAGGUCCUUAUUCGGGCUCCGUGGGAUACGAAAGUCGACUGGUGGAACCUCGGCGCUGUGGUUUUCGAGGUGUAUCGUGCCGUUCGCCUGUUUGAUGGACGAGUCCCGCCCGACGGUCACUACGAAGUUAGAGAACAUCUGGCGGAGAUUGUCGACCUUUUCGGCCCAUUCCCUAAGAUCCUGUUGGAGAAAGGUGAUGCCACCGCCCAGGGCAUGUUUGACGAUGAAGGAAGGAUUAAAGACGCCGAGCCAAUGGGCCGUCCACCCCUCGAGUCGGAAGCAUUUCUACCAGGUCUAAAUCAAACUUCGAAGGAGGUAUUUGGGUCUUUUCUCCGGGCUAUGAUGAAGAUAAACCCGGACGAGCGGCCAACACCUGAAGAACUUGUGCAACAUCGUUGGUUGGACCCAAAAAGCCGAUGGUGA